AUGUCUGACGGUCUAAUUAGUGUGUCAUCUCCACCACAAAGUCGGAGUUCGUCAGCACAAGACUCGUACUCGACAUCGGCAACUCAGUAUGAUGAUCCCGUUGAUGGCAUAAACCCGAAGGCGGCAGCAGACUCGUCCAAGCGGCUCUCCAAGCCUGACGGUAAAGGUAACGUCCUUGUCAGUGUAAGAGUUCGACCGGACGCUGGCAGCCAGGACCGCAAGACUGAAGGCGAAUGGAUGGUCGAUGGACGCAAAUCUCUCAUUGCAUAUGGCGGCAAGGAAGGAGGCGACUACUAUUAUGAUAAUGUUUUCUCGACUCACGAUGAUAAUUCAAGAGUAUAUGACCACAUCGCAAAGCGGCUAGUCCGCCGAGUCAUGGAAGGCUACCAUGGAACUGUGUUUGCAUACGGUAUGACCGGCACAGGCAAAACAUUCUCCAUGCAAGGCACAGCCUCGUCUCCUGGUGUGAUCCCUCUCGCAAUCACCGAUAUCUUUUCGUACAUUCGAGAGACGCCAUCACGCGAGUUUCUUUUAAGAGUCAGCUAUCUUGAAAUUUACAAUGAGAAGAUCCACGAUCUCCUCAGUAUGCCAACAACAACCGGGCUUCCCGGGGGAGCAGCUCAGGAAGAAAUCAAACUUCGUGAAGAUAGCAAGCGAGGAGUUUACGCCAGUCCACUGAAGGAAGAGAUUGUCCAGAGCCCUACCCAACUGCUACGAGUUAUCGCUCGUGGCGACCAGGCUCGCAGAACAGCGAGCACACAAUUCAACGCCAGGAGUUCUCGAAGUCACGCAGUGGUCCAAAUUGUUGUAGAGAGCCGAGAACGCAUUCCAGGCAAUGCACCGGGCGAGAACAAACGCCAAGGCUUGCUGCCAGGCGGUGUCCGUGUCUCAACGCUGAGCUUGAUUGAUCUUGCUGGGUCAGAAAAAGCCGCUGAGACGAAAGAACGACGGACGGAAGGCUCUCACAUCAACAAGAGCUUGCUUACCCUCGGAACGGUCAUCGCUAAGCUAUCAGACUCGAAGGACAAGGAUGGCAAGCCUGCUGAUAAGGAUGGCAAGCAUCUUCCUUACAGAGACAGCAAAUUAACUCGACUGCUCCAAGGAGCAUUGUCCGGCAACUCUCUUGUUAGCAUUCUUUGCACAAUACAGAUUGGAUCCGCCGGUAGUGCUGCCACUGCCAACAGUCAUACCACUGAGACCAUUAACACACUGAAAUUCGCAUCACGAGCGAAAAACAACAUUGUGAGCCAUGCUAAGCGUGCAGAGGAGGCUCUCGGUGCCGGUGGUGAUGGUGGAGCAAGAGUACUACUCGAGCGAUAUCGCAUGGAGAUUGUCGAGCUGAGACAGCAGCUUGAUACUCAAGCCAAAGACAAAUCCAAGAAGGAAGAUGAAGAGGAGAAAGUUCGUGAUGUUGAGGAAGAGAAGGCCCGCGAGAAGGAGGCCGAGCACCGGCACGAGGAGCAAAUGCUUGAGAUGCAGCUCGCACGGACGGCAUUGAAGGAGCGUAUCGACCACCUCAACAGGCUGAUCCUCAGCUCUAAAUCUAUCGGUGUCAACGCUAGUGGGACUUACAGUUCGCUAGGGAUGCAUCCACGAUUUUCUCAGGCAUCAGCCCGGUCGUCGAUGGCCACCUCGACUAGCGGCAGGCCGUUGCUGGAAAGAUCAGCAUCAAUGACCUCGUCCUCGUCUACUGUGGGUCGACGAUCGAGUGGUCAAAGAAUGUCGAGCAGCGGCGAAGCCACAAUGGCGGAUGAUGAGGACAGUCUGGGCGAGUUUGGUGACGGCACAGCAUCGCUUACUGCGCAAAAUCGGGCUCUGCAGGCUGAUCUUGUGGAUAAAAAUCGAUACAUCGCGACCCUCGAGAAGCGUCUUUUGCAGGCGCGUCGUGCCAGUUCAUCUCGCACGUCAGUCGGUCUGUCAGAACGGAACAAGGGUAUCAUGGUGGGCGAGGAUCACAGCGUAGCAACCGUUCUUAAGGAGAAGGAUGCUGAGAUUGCCGAACUGCGAGCCCGGCUGGACGAUAAGGAUCGUAUGCUCGCAGCACUACGAAGCGCUGCGAGAUCGAGAGAUAAUGCUGACCGAAACAUCGAGUCGAGAUCUGAGGUGCGUGCAUCUCAGGUCAUCGAAAGCAAUCCGCCUCAGCCCCAGGCUAGCAGCCCUCCGUCAAGCUCUCUUACCGGGCAAUUCUCUGAGUUACGCAAGAGAACAAAGAGCGUGGACGAGAUGAGCCGCAUACUCGACGAGAUGAUCCAGGAUCGGGUUGAGACUGGCCAGAUUGUUCGAGGAAACAGGGGCAGCGUGAGAGUGGCCAGUGAUCGAAAACACGACACUCUGACAGAGCCCAAGCGACUAGAGCCACUGAGGCAGAGUCCAAUCGACCCUCAAAUGAUGGCUGUCGAAGUGUAA